AUUUUUUUAGAAUUCGACAUGAGGUUUAUCAGCAUAUACUUCUUUGCUCUUCUGGCGUGCCUGUGUCAAGGAGAAGACCUUGAUAUGCUUAGUGGCAAAUUCAUCAAAUGCAUGAAGGAGCCUAAAUGCAAAGAGAACUAUAUCGACGAGCACUGCCAAGACGACUGCCGAAAUGCAGAUUAUCCUAAAGUCUGUUACGACGACUGCAAGGUAGCAGUGAAAAAUCGAUGGGACUUGAUGACAAAAAAGAAAGACCCCAUGAGACCAUGCCUAAUAACUGACCCCAAAUGCCGUGAGGCCUACAUCAACGAUCGCUGCUACGAGGACUGCCUAAAUGAAAAUGUUCAAGUUUAUGAGUGGUUCAGCCUUGACAUAACAACAACAGACAAGCAAUUCAGGCAACUUAUAAUACAACUUUUUGCGUAA